AUGGCGGACGCGUCGCCGCGAGUCCUACUUUACAUCCUGCGUCGCGAUGUUCGCCUCUCAGACAACCCCAUCUUUCACGCUGCAUCCGCCAAUCUCUUGACGACGAACACGUACACAAAACCGGUAUACGGCUCUGAUACCCAAAUUCGUAAUGAUGCUUUUAUCCCCGACCAGGACUUCCCUUCCUUCACACAUCUUUUGCCCGUAUAUAUCUUCCCUGCAAACCAAGUCGAAGCGUCUGGAUUUAUACCCGAUUCGACUACCAAAUGUCCAUAUCCACAAGCACAGAGCCGUGUCGCAGGCUUUUGGAGGACCGGGCCUCAUCGAGCGAAGUUCAUGGCCGAGGGUGCAUGGGAUCUCAAAGAGAGGUUACAGAGACUUGGUUGUGGAUCGGAUCUACAAAUAAGAGUUGGAAAGCCAGGCGAUGUGGUAGAAGACAUACUGCAAUGGUACACAGACGAAAAGAACGCUGGCCGUAGUACUGUGGACGUUGCAGGCAUCUGGUUGACCGCAGAGGAAGGCAAGGAAGAGCAGGAAGACGAGGCUGAUGUGAGGCGAAUCGCAGCUGAAAGGGACCUAACGCUCAAGGUAUGGGCCGACGAGAAGUAUUAUAUUGACGAUCGAGAUCUUCCCUUGCACGACAUUGCCGACCUUCCGAAUGUCUAUACGACAUAUCGGAAAUCAUUGGAACCACUCCGUUCACGACCGCGACCUAGCAUACCUGCUCCGGAACAGCUUCCACCAUCACCCCCAGACAUACCGCCACAAAAACAUCCUUUCGAAAUUCCAAACAGUCGAGAAGGAUUGGUCGAUGCUCUACUACGACCAUUGAAAGAGGACCCCAAACAUGACCUGCAAUUUCCACCUCAAUUUCCUCCGGAUACCGAGUCCUCGCAUCCAUUCAGUGGAGGUGAGACAACGGCCCACGACAGACUUGCCCAGCUCAUCUCCGGUGGUGCGAUGAGUACUUACAAAGCGACACGGAACGGAAUGGUUGGGGUCGACUACAGCACUAAGCUUUCCGCUUUCCUUGCUCAAGUCAAACGCUUACGUAUUGACUUCAUGUUGGUAGGUUAUAUCACAGCCCGACAAAUUCAUUGGGCAAUGAUGGAUUUCGAAGAAGGAAAGGGACCUGGCGAAAUCGUCUCAGACUACGGUAAAGGCGAGAACGACGGCACCGCAGGUGUCAGGCGGAGACCAAACGAUGUCGAACCAGAGUCACAUUACGAACAGCGCCCUCCCCGCAAACGCUGGAAAGGUGUUAAUGAAAGCGGCGGCCUAGGCGAUACCCCCGAACGCACUCGAGAAGUCUUCUCUCGCUUCCGCUCCGGCCGCACAGGCAUCGGACUCAUCGACGCCGCGAACCGUGAAGUCUUCCUCACAGGCUACACCUCCAAUCGCGCCCGUCAAAACGUCGCUUCUUUCCUCUCUAACUCAUCACACCUCGGCAUCGAUUGGCGCGUCGGCGCCGAAUGGUACGAGUACAUCCUUGUCGACUACGACAUGGCUAGCAACUGGGGAAACUGGCAAUACGUUGCCGGCGUUGGCAACGAUCCGAGGCAAGGACGCGUUUUCAACCCUGUAAAGCAGGCGUUGGAUUACGAUCCGCAGGGGAAGUAUAUCAAGGCGUGGGUACCGGAGCUAAGGCAGCUUAGCUUGACGAAGAGUGUGGCGAUGAGUAGGCAGGAGAUUGAUGAGCAGAAGCUUAUGGGGCUUUAUCAGGCGUGGAGGCUGGGGGAUUGGGAGAAAGAUAGGUUGGGACUGAGGGGAGUGGAGUGGGUUGAGUGGCCACUGGUCAAGAUACAAUUCUCCGUCAGUAGAGGGCGAGGCAAGGGGGUUUCCGAUGGGCGAAUUAGAGGCAGAGGCUGGAGAGGUCGCGGCCGCGGCGGCGAUAGAGGGAAGAAGAGAUUUGAGAUCGAGGAAAAGCUGGGAAACGUGCGGAUUGCAGACGAGAUUGGGGAGUAG